AUGGCACGCUCUCCCUCCACCAGCGAUACGACCGCGAAAGCGCACAGUGUCUUUAUCCGCCUCGUCCUCCCACCCUACACCAUCCACUUCAAAUCCUCGCACUACAUGAAGGAACCCACCCUUGAGCUCCUCGAUAAGAAAGUCUGCAAAACAACACUCAAGUCCUCCGCCUCAGAUCCAGCUGUACGCAUCUCUAUCGGGACAGAUCCUCGGUUCUGGGCCGAACUGGGGGUGCUCCUGAAAGCAGCGAUUCCGUCUCUAGAGAGAAGGAGUUUCACGAUAUGGGAUCCUUCGAGUGUGGAUUACGAGAGCACGAGCGGUGCGCUCAUCGCGGCGAGCUAUCCCGGUCUAUGGAAAGACUUGGAGAGGUUGAAUGAUCUGGUCUCUAUCAGUCGGAAUUGCUUGACGGCUGGGGCGAAAGUGCAGGAUCUUGCGGCGCAGUACUCUCUCGAUGCUGAAGUGUUCAGAUUGAUCAAUUGCUGUGUCCGCGUGACUGCAAGGGGAUACGAUGGGGAUGCGGGAACGGGCGAUGAAGAGCGGUGGCAGUGGAUUGUUAAUGCGUAUAAGAAACUGCUUAUUACGUGUUUGCAGUUUCUGAACAACUUGGUGGCGCAGAACGAGAGGAGGAAGUUGAUGCUGUGGGUCAGUCUGUUCGAUCACAGUACAGAAGCUGUAUUCGCCCCUGAGGAUGUCCCGGAGACGAGUUCAGCCAGCUUGACAGAUGUCCCUUCGAAUCCGACGAGCAAGCCGGCGGCACCGCUGAACAGAGUAGACUUCCUGCUUGCGUAUGGACAGGACGAUCGGGCCGAUAAGAAGGUGAACACGGAUGAUGCGGAGAUUUUGAGUGGUGAUGCGCGGCCAGAGGAGUGGCCGAAGGAAGUGGUAGAAGCGAGAAAGAAGUUGGACGGGAAAGAGGAGUUCUAUGGGAAUGGCUAUGCGAUGUGGGUACGUCGGAUUGCUACGACCGUCUCAGAGGCAUUCAGACAGGAGAAAAAGCGAGAUCCAACAUUGGCAGAGUUGCACAUGGCUAUGCCUUCACGUUGGGCUGCUCUGACAGAAGAAGACCACGAGUAUUGGCAGGGCAUGUUUGAGGAUGCUUUGGCCAAGUACAGGCAGAAUCUGGCUGUGUAUGAGGCCAAGAUGCUCGCCGUCACCGAGCAGCAACCUGUCUUGCGGAGCGAUGUUCCUGUGAUGCAGCAGACGAAGCAAGUCGAGAGGAAGAUCGCCAUGCUGGAGGAACAGCUCGCCGAAAGGUACAGAUCUGAGAAGGCAGAUGUCAGGCUCAUUGACCCCGUGCAUUACGGACGGGAUGGACACCUCACAUUUGACAACAAAAGUCUGCAGUCACGGCCCGUUGUUGCGGAUGACAUGAGGAUGCUCUUCACUGCUGAGGCUGGCGCGAAGAUUCUGGGAUCUGGGAAGGCAGAGCUCAUGAAGAGGCUGGAAGGUUAUGAGGCUCCCCCACCACCGCAUAGCGACUUGGGACGACAGACAAGUCGCAGUGAGGAUGGCGUCAUUUCGAGGAUCCCGACGACUGAAGGGACGGCAUACUCUCCGCACGAGAGAGGCCGCAGCAUGACGCAGUCUCCUCCCCCGCCGAACAAUACGCCCAUGCCAGAGACUCAACGGUCUGCAAGCCAUGAUCCUAGUGCCGAGGCAUUCGAGGAGAGCGCCGGCGAGGAAGAAGAAGAGGAAGAGGAAGAGGAAGAGGAGGAAGACGAAAGCGAAGAAGAGGCAGAAGAAGAGGAGGACGAAGAGGACUACCCAGGCUCAACCGAGGACGGACGUGGCUUGCUAACCGACGUUCCUCUCAUUCUUGGCCCCUCUGAGAUUGAAGUGCUUCCCAUGCUCAUCAUGAGUGGAAUUGUGCCGCCCGCAAAUCUCCCUCCGAGCCUCACAACCGAAGAGAGGAAUGCCCUCAUGAACAUGCACACUGUGCGUACGCAUCUUCUGCUAUCCCAGAGCAACGGCCGCAACUUGCUUAGAGAGCUUUUGAUCUUCGUUGCCGCAUGGGACCUCAGAGAGGAAGAGCUCUACUUCAAAUUCAUGGUCAAGAUCAUGGAAGCGAUCCUUAAAAACGGCCUGAUGCCGUACGCAUAUCACGCCUUCAGAGACCGAUCUAGGUCCAAAGACAUCAUCAGUCCUGCGCAAGCUGUCAUCAUGAAGCUACUCACAUGCAUCUUCCGCGCGAGAGGCGAAACCGCUAAAGCGCAGAACAAUGCGAAUCCGCAGAGCAAAGCCGCGGCUCCACCACACCCACAUCCAAUUGCUGAGAUCGCAACUACGGGACAGAUACCAGGCAACCGACCUCUGGGCAACAUUCCCAAUUUGCCAUCUCGCGUUGACUUGCACAUCCUCAACUUCAUCUUCACGGAGUUUCGACAGCAUAUUAUACCACAGACUUGUGCGCUCAUCUUCUUGCAAGGCCAAAUCCAUGCUGGUCGAGCGAGCCCGGAAGACUUCCCGCUCAACUUGUGGGAUAUGGAGAGGAUGUACGAAGGCGUGUAUCAGUAUCUGGAGUUCUUUGCUGUCUUGACAGAGGAGUCGGUAUGGAAAGGUAUCCUUGGACAGUGGGAGAUGGCUAGUGAAUUGGUGACGCUACUCAGAGAGCUAGAAGGCGGCAUUCCUAAGAUGGGAAGCGUGGUCAGAGACAUGCCCAGCCGAGUUGAACCCAAGAUGCCGCAGCGAGCAAUGAGUGCGGAUGCUGCUGUCAUGCCUGGUCCUUCGAAUCCGCCUCCCAAUGCUCCCACACCGAGCCAGGUUCCGGUGGCUGUCGAGAGACCCUUUGAUGUGGAACCGCCCAAUCCUGAUGUUCAUCUUCCGCCUUUGCCACCGGCUCAUCCAACAAAUUCGUCAUCUUCGAAACAACCGGUCUACGAAGCCGAGACGCCGCUUGCAUAUCCUACGGACGAGCACCCUGGCCAGCAAUCGGUUGCGCCACUGGCUUCCCGUGACCUGCAACACGAUCAAGAUGAGCCUUCUGACUUUGAAUGGCGGAACCUCAAGAAGCUCACUGUUCUCGUGCUCUCUUCUCUCAUUUGGAAGAACAAGACGGUCCAGGAUCAGGUUCGUAAUUACGGCGGUCUCGAGGCUCUCGUGGGAUGCUGCAGACCUGACGACCACAAUCCAUACAUUCGCGAACACGCGAUCAUGUGCCUGCGUUUCGCUGUUGAAGGAAGCGAAGAGAACGCCAAGGUCAUCAAAGACAUGGCAAAUGCGAAAGCUGCGCAGCUUCCGCCGCACCACCAGCAACAAUUACAGCGUGGGAGAAUCCUGGGUGAAGGCAACUCGAGCAGCGUCCCGAGGGAAGUCCUCGACACGCAGGGCUACGAGACGUUUAUGGAUCCGAAGGGGCAAGUGGGCUUGAGGCGCAAGGACGUCGGCGGCAGUGGACAGCACAAGAAUCCGCCGAGAUUAAGUUCGACCAAGUUGACUGCCGAGAGGGCUGCGGAGUUGAUGAAUAGUGCUUUGAGCAGUUUGCCGCUUGGGGACAAGAUGGGCAUGGGGAUGACUAUCGAUAAGGAGAAGUUGGCGAAGCUGGAUCGGGGAUUCGAUCAGACCAAUGGUGGAGGGCCAAGUGGUGGUGGUGGUGGUGGGACGCGAGGCGGGCGGAAGAAUUAUGGGAGUUGA